GUGUAUGAAAAAGGUAGACAGAAUUUUACUUACCACGACUUUCGUUGGUCUCAGAGACGUUACUAUCAUUGGUCUUAGGGGCGUCACUUUUGUUGAUAUUGGAGGUAUUAUUAUCGUUGGUCUUGGAGGUGAUAUUACUGUUGGUCUUGGAGGCGUUACUAUUAUUAGUCUUGGGGGCGUUAUUACUGUUGGUCUUGGAGGCGUUACUAUUAUUAGUCUUGGGGGCGUUACUAAUGUUGGUCUUGGGGGUGGUUUUUUUAUUACUGCUCAUUUUUCGUUCCUAAAUAUAAAAAAUUAUAAAUGGGCACUCAGAGUUCGAAUUCCUUUACAAGAGCUAGUCUCUGAGAGAAAAAGGAGCGUUUACCAUACACAUGCUCUAUUUCUAGCAUUUGGUAAGGUUAAUGAUGAGAAGCCAAAGAAGGUAUAUGCUAGUGCUAUAUAUAGAUAUAUUGAAAGACUUGAACCAGCAGAUUUGAUGAAGCAACAUUGGGAUUAUUCAUGUAGCAAAGCUAAAACUAGAAAUGAAAGGGACCCAUCAAAUGCACAGCUUGCCUGGUUGAGUUUACCGAAUGAUAAUAUUCCAGAAGAUAAGAAGUUUCUAGGUUUAACGAGCCAUGAAGUGAAAAAUCCUCAAACCCAAGAACAAUUUAAUCAGUGGCAUACUAAAUGGAUUGAAAUAUAUAAAAAUAAUUAUAUGAUGUGCAGUUCCAUUAUUAUUAGACAAUAUGAAGAAUAUUAUAUUCCAUAUAAUUGGAUAGAUUCUAAAAAGAGUCAAUUGCGGAUUAGAUUCCAAAAGUGA